AUGUCACAGGCAGUCGACCAUGAGGCCGUGGAGGUCAUGCCUGAAAUCCGCGCCGAGCAGAAGCCCAUUGCCAGCAACCGAAAGGUGAAGGUUCGCCUCGGUAACGACGGGCCAUCCUUCUCAAACACAGACAUAUGCGUCUCCCAUGGCGGCAAGGAGAACGCUCUGUCUAUCCAGCUGAACCGCACAAUCCGCGUACCCGAUAACAGAGACACCAACGAUCUUCCGCCUGGCAUGGGAAUCUUCCCCCUCUUCAAGGUCCGCGACUACGCAAACAAGAUGCCCAAAGACAUGGCCAAAAAGGGCGGUGUCUUCUUCCCCAUGUACCAGCGCGAGGCCAUGUGGAUCAGCUUUAGUGCCAAUGCACCGUUCGCCAUCAAGAUCUACAUCGGCGGUGUCAACGCCGUCUCCGGAUUUCCCAUGACGGAGAACGACAAGACUAAGGAGAAGAGGCUGAAGAUGCUCAACAGUGGCAAGCAGAUCCAGGACUAUGUCGUGGUACCCGAACAAAACUGGCUGGACGGCAUCGUAUCAGAGGAUGGCAAGAUACGGCAGUUCGUCGCACAGCCCAAGGGAUCCGGCUUCUCUGUUGAAGCCCAGGUCACUGGGGACGAGAAGGUUGGCGGCAUCCAGAUCGAGCUCAUCCCCGUCAAGAAGAACUUGCCCUCCGAGUUCGAUGUUCGAUAUCAAAACAAAGAUUUCGAGAUCGUCACCCGCACCUUCAAUCUCUCUAAAAAGAGCCUAACCGCCGAGAGCACAUGGGGAGACGUCAAGAAGCUUAUUCGCGACGAGUUCGACGUUGCCGUCCAGGAGCAGGUUCUCCGUCACUACGGAAGCUAUGUAAUCAAUGGCCACAAUGGGUCCGACUUCUUGGAUUUCUCGGAUCAUUCCAAGCUUGGUGACACUUACUUCCCGCCUGGAUUUUCCACAAUCAGUGUUGUUGAUCGGCUUUGGCAGCCUCGAGGUGGUGCCAAAAGGCGUAGGAUCGUCAGUGGCAGCGACGGCGGGUAUGAGCCCACUUCUCCGGUGGCUGCUGCAAGGGUGGGACUGGUGGCCAGUUCUGCUCUACAGGGGAACACUAAGACUAGCACGGAGAAGGCCAUGGUGCUUGAAAACGCUGACGGAAAACACACCGAGAGCAAGUCCUCGAGUGCGGCACCGCCGCCGGAGGUCAAGGAGAUGGGUCUCGCAGCUGGCGGCCUCAUCAAGCAGUCGAUAGAAGCCGAUACACACCCUGCGGAUAUUUGGGACGUCGAGGCUUCGGUGAUGAUGAAUCUCCAGAUCCUAGACGUUGAGUCGUUCUGCGCCGUCACCGGCCAGCCGGCCCCUAACACGCCCGUCGAUGCUCAGUCGUACGCUAAUAGCGGGUAUCCCUUUUCCGAGAUCUGGGGAGAGGAGAAGAGCGGCAUCAAGGGCGACUUCUCCGGGGUCAAGAGUGUGGCGCAGAUCGAGGCCGAGCGAGCCAAGGCCAAGAGCAAGGACUUUAAGGAGGAAGAGAGCGUGCCGGUGCGGGUGGUGCAGCUGGGUCACUUCAGGAGCACUUUCCGCCCCGUGGAUCUGCUUAGGAUGGAACUUGAGGGACUGGGUCUGAAUACAUGA